CCUCACAAUGCUCCUUCCUUCGCAGAAUUGCAGGCUUCAAUCGUCGAGGACCAAUUCGCUGGCCAAUUUUAUUUGCUCUUUAGCGGCCGAUGUGCAGUCUGCAUCACAGAUUCAUCACCGCAUCGAAUCAGAAUUUUAGUCAGGCACUCAUGCGGUUCUUCUCUUGUAAGAACGUGGUCGUAAUACUCGUUUAUACCUCAAGGUUGUGCUUCGUCAAACCCUAGCUGUUAUCGCAGCUUGUACAGCGCAACAGGAAAGGUCUGCACAGAGACAAGAAACCCUUUUAUUUUUCUGGCUUAUCUCCAGCUCAUCCUUCUUAUGGCGUGAUGCCGAGGUGACUGAUCCCAUGCACAAAGAUAGUAACUAUGAGUUCUUCCUUGCCGGGAUCACCGUAUGAGCUCUCAAUUCAGCAAGACCUUCCUCCUGCACCAAAUGUUGGAACACAAUGCGCAGAUUGGUUGCCCCGAUUUGCAGGCUCAAGCUGGUUGGCGUAUGCUGCUAGCAGUGCCAUCGUGAUUGCUACUGCAGCGUCCCCAUUGAAUUCUGGAGAAUCCUCUUCCGGCCGUUUUUUCCAGCAGGUUCUUGAAACACGUACCAAUAAUGACGGAGACGACUGCAUAGGAAGGAGCUUGGUGACAAGUGUAGGAUGGGCACCCGUGGGUUCAUCUGUUGGUCAGCUGGCUGCUGCAUGCGGCAAUACUUUACUAUUGUAUUCACCCACGACGUUGGCGAGUGCCACAGCUGGCUCACGUUAUUCAGAGAUUCCAUUGGCGUGGGAAACCAAGCAGGUCAUGCAACACUUAUUUCAGAUUCUCACUUUUUCAUGGACCGAAUCAGGAGAUGGGCUACUAGCUGCCGGAUCAAAUAUUGCCAUGUGGAAACGGGGUGAAGCAGGAUUUUCGGUUCUCUGGCAAGUUCAGUGUACUGUACCCCAAGUGUAUGCAGCUUCUUCAUGGUCCUCUGCUGGUCUGGCAGCCACGGUGGAUUGUACUCUGGGGACGCAUCCUAAAUCUGUUGCGACGAAAGAGUCAACUAUCGAUGGAGAAACUUCGGACUCAUUGAACUCAUUAAGCGGAAAAGCAACAGUGUGGUGGUGGUGGCAGGAAGCUCAUGAAAUUCAAGGGAUUGAGUUACAACACCCUUCUGAGGUUUCUAUGAUCCAGUGGAGGCCGUCGAAUGGUUGCGGAGAGGAUCCAUUCACUUAUCGGCCUGUGCUUCUUACGUCUUCAAGAGAUGGCUCUUUACGCCUAUGGCUGGACAUGGAAGGUCCUAGCUAUUUAAGCUUCUGUUUUGGAGACAGUCAGGAAUUGAGAAAGAAGCCCACUUUCUCCAUGGCUGCUGUGGUUGACGUGAACAAGUGCUUGAAUGGCAUUCUAGGAUACGACAUCUUUGUGACCUGGGCUUCUGAAAACAGGACCCGGGGUAAUUCUGAAGAGAAGAGGCUCUUAACGAGAAAUAACAGUGUAAAAAGGCCAGAUUUAAUACCUUGUGAGUGGCUGGUUGGAGUUGGGCCUCGUGGCAAAGUUGCACUAUGGUCUAUUCACAGUCUGGAUGAUAUAUUACCUACACGUUUUCCUCGAGUUACUCUUUGGCAGGAGGGGGAUGGUGUUUUAGCUCAGCCAUCUACAUUCUAUCCAUUUCGAAUGGAGGAUGCUGAUAAUGCGAGGGAUCGACUGAUGAUGAUGAAAGCUGUUGUUCAAAGACCUGAAGGGGCGAUGGCCGUCCCUCCUUCUUCUUUGGAUCUUUUUGAAGCUCUUCCAAGUGGACAUUUUCGAUGGUCCCGCUUAUGGCCACCUGUUUCUGCCGUAGGAACUGGAGGAGGUCACGUCGGCUCAGGAACCCAAACAUCAAGAAAUAAAAGUUCAUGGGGGGUAUCAUCUGAAGUUGUUUAUCUAGAUGGUCAUCGUGGUGCUAUCGUUCAGGUUGCUCUUCAUCCUAGCCCUACAGUUGCGCUUGCAGCUUCUGUUGAUGAGCAAGGAGUUAUCUUGUUGUGGGACUUAUCUGCAUGGGCUAGUCCUCAGGUCGAAGUCAUGAGCUCACAAACUUUAGGUUGGAAGUUGGCUGGUCAAAUCUCAGGUCUCCUUAAUACGUCGUUGUUUUAUCAGCUAAUUGCAUGGGCUCCUUCAUCUUUACCUGAAGGGAGAGCUAUAUUGCUUGCCGGAGACCUCAUGAAAAUCGACUGCUUUUUAGUUGGUAGGAGUGAUUCACAACGGAAGGGUGUAACGUCUGUUCUCUUUGAUCACCUGUACUCCCUGCACUGCUCCACUUUUGACAAGGGGGAUCACCUUAACGCCUUCACUGCGGUUCCUAUGCCAUUGAAUGCUCUUCAGCAGGUUGCUGAAGAGAGAAGCUUUCUCAUCGUAGGGACCAACCGAGGAGGUAGUAUCUUAGCUUCAUGGGUGGUGGAGUUACAAGUGACUGCGCUCUCUGAUGGUGGCCAAGAUGAUAAGGUUGCUGCAGUAGAUACCCAAGAGGUUCAGGAGACGGAGAGGCCUCACUCUAAACUCCAAUAUUUGGAAAAGUCAGGUUACACGCUAUAUGGAGGCUCUCUUACCUCUCAGGAGCGAAUAUACAUAAGAGGCAGUUUUGUAGGGUCCGCAAAUUUUGAUGCUGAUCAGUGUGUGACAAGCAUUGCUGUAGUUCCAGGAUUUAUCAAAGGUUCUUUGUCAACCCAUUUGGAGGUGUACCAGAAGGCCCACCCAUAUGAUGUUUUGACAGGUUGUGCAGAUGGUAGUAUUCGAUUGUAUAAAGUCUUCUGCUCUCAGGCACAUUCAGUUGUGCCUCAAACUAGGUCUUUCGUCUGGGAAUGCGUAGGUGUUGUGCGUGCUCACUGUAGUUCUGUAAUCUUAGCUGCUGCAACUGCUAGUGGUGAUAAGUUUGCUUCGGUUGGGGACGCGGAUCACAAGUUAGUGAAGAUUUGGGAAGUGGACGGCUGCAACGAUGAUGGGGACUUUGAACUUGAAAGUCAAAUUACUUUUCCGCAAGCCGUCGUUGCAUUAAGCUGGAUGAAUGCUGGUAUGGGCUGCGUGCUGCUGGCUGUUGCAACAAAAUUCGAUCUUUUCAUUUAUGCCCAAGACAGGACAUAUUCUCAUAAGGGGGUUCCGAAAGAUAGAGUCUGGAUCUGCCUUGCCUCCUUUUUGUUUAAUACUGCGAUUGAUCAUCUUUUCUGGAGCUUUCAGGGUUCACCUAUACUGGCAUCACAAGGCCAUAUAUGGGUUUUCAGCCCCUGGGUUUGUUCAAAGACGAGAUUAAGUGGUUAUCAUGGUUACGUACAUUCUUCAAACGGAAUUCCUCAGCCAGCCGCGCGUCACUCAUGUAGUCUUCUUCAAGCCGCAGAAGCACUUGUUUCUCCUUUACCGGAUUAUCACCCCAGAGCGCUUUUUUGGAGCUUAUUUAAAGGAAAUAUGUCACGGGCUCGUGCAUGUGUUCGUCAUCUUGCUCACCACUUGGCAACUUCUGCAAAAUCUACUGCAAAACGUGAUGGGACACUUCAUUCUGAUUGGAUCGAUGGAGCUUACAUCCGUGUUCCUCGCAUGAGACUGGCUAAUCUUCUUCAAAAUGAUGUUUCUAUCACGACUCAAUCCUCAGCGAAUUCGGAUUCUGCUUACAAAGCAAAUUUCACUCUUAUGAACUCUGAUAUGACUCAACCAGUGCCAUCAAAUGUUAACGAUAAAUAUUCAUUUUUGAACAACACAUCAUGGUUGGAUGAGUUUUCCGAUGAGAUUAGUGAGACUAAGACAUUGAAUAAGACUCAAUCACAAGACUCCGUUAAAACUGGGGGUUUAGAGUCUUUUUCUCAAACUGAGAUGGAAGCCAUUAUACAAUUUAUAAAAGAAUCCAAAAGUGUGUUACAGCUCUCUAAGGAAGAAAUCAAUCAGGUGCUUGCACUGGUGGAAGUGGUGGGGGAAAUGGAUGGUGUUAGGCAACCUUCACGAUGUGCAGGUCUUGACACCUCUGGACAAAGGUUUUGGUUGGCGUAUCGAUACAACAGUUUACUUGCGUCGCAAUCAGUUGGUCAGAAGGGAGAUAUACGAGGUAGUCAAGUGGAUUCAGAAGCAUUGGCGUGGGCUUUGCAGUCGGAUACCAAGGAGACUCUGCUGGAUAUUUGCGCAUCCGAACAAUCUUUGUGGCCAGAAUUACGUGCACUGGGUGUUGGCUUUUGGUUUACUGAUGCCGUUCCCCUUAAGAAAAAGAUGGAGAAAGUGGCUCGGUUACAAUUUAUGGCAAGCAGAGAUGCCAAAGACUGUGCCUUGCUGUAUAUAGCUUUGGAGCGACGCACAAUUUUGGCGGGGCUUUUUAAAAUAAGUAAAGAUGAGCGUGAUAGACCUCUUGUCGACUUCAUGGCUAGAGACUUUCGAGAGGAGAAGCACAAGGCAGCUGCUCUUAAGAAUGCCUAUGUUUUAAUGGGAAAGCAUAGGCAUGAGCUGGCAGCAGCAUUUUUUCUACUGGGUGGAGACAUGGAUUCUGCGGUGUCUGUCUGUAUAAAGAACCUGGAAGAUCCGCAGCUAGGGUUGGUUGUGUGUCGCCUUGUAGAAGGUGCCGACGGUCCUGUUGGACGCAAAAUGAUCAGCAAAUAUGUUCUCCCAGGGGCUUUAAGGGCUGAAGAUUAUUGGCUCGCAAGUCUUUGUCAGUGGUUAUUGGGCAAUGGAAUUGAGACUAUGCAUGAGGUUGUUUCUGGACACCAGCCUUCUAUAUCUUUUCAGAGCGUGCAGGGGAACGCAACUGAAACCAAAACAAUCAGUAGUUCCAUUCCUUUGGAUCCUGAUGUGGCAGAUUACUGCUCUGUUCUAGCAUUAAAGCCUCGUAUUCUUCGAGAACCUAACAGAGGAAAAGUGGUGGCCAUCUCAAAGCAAGCCACACUGCGAGCUUCAUUAGCACUGAGGAAAAUUGGACUUCCUCUGCAAGCUCUAGAGCUUAUGACAGCUAACUCUGGUGUUAAGAAUAUUGCUGAAAGCGGGCGACGAGAGAAUUCCUCACAAAGCAUGGGCUUCAAUCUGGACCUUGUGAAACUUGCGGCCUCUCAAGAUGGACGUAUUCAUACGAAUCGCCUUCUCCCCGAACUGAUUGCAGAUAUUCAAGAGCUUUCAAAACUGAACCUUGCUCUUGAGUUGAUGUCAGAACUGGUGCAAGAAUACUCGGAUUGGACAGGUGCACAGCAAGGCUUUAUGCGCAGGCUUCCAGACGUACCUGAGGGUGGUGAAUCAUCUAGUAAUGCUGAGGCGGGGUCUGCUAGCGAAGAGGACGCUGAGAAAAGAAUUGAAGAAGGGCUUGAGGUGUUGAAAAGGACUUUUUCUCUAGAUGUCUCUGCCUUUGUUGCUGGGGUCGUAACGUGGGCCUUAAAUCAUCAUCGGCUGUAUGUCUACUAUCGUUAUCUACUUGCACAGCACGCAGGAUUCAAAAAUCCGGAACAGAAGUUCAGUUUAAGCUCUGGAGUAGGUCUGACUUUAAAAUGCGAUAUUUUGGGAUCAAUAUGGACAGAAGCCCCGUGGGGACUUGCUCGGAUGAUCCUGGGUUGUGGUGGCUCAGUUUCCUCAUUGCCUUUCAUCGCAUCUAAAUGGCUUCCUUGGAAAUCUACGAUGCCUAAGGAACAGAUUGAGGAACUGGUACGUUAUGGAGGAGAGCUCCAGAAACUCGCAAGUUUAUUGAGUGGAUAUACUGGUUCUACUGACAGUCAAGUGAACGAAAAUCCAUUUCAUUUGGGAAAUGAAGACUUAAAGAAUAAGACUCAGCGGGCCAUGAUCCUUCUAGCAUUUGUCUACUACGUAAGCGCAGCAUGGCUAGGAAAGAAUGGGAGAGCUCUUGUCGCCUUAGUCAGGCCGACAAUUAGUGACGCGACAAAAGCCCCUGAAGUACCUAAAACAAACAAUAGCGUGAAAUGGUUCCGAGAUCUCAGUUCUCAAUCUCGUGUGGAACAAAGCAGUUUGACAACUUCUGCAGUCUCUAGGAACUUGGGCGCAUCUGUCUCAAUACCUGAGGAAGAAGCAUGGCGAGUUACUGGUGUUGCCCUUUGGGUUCACAUGGUUGCUUACAUCAAAAAACAGUUGGCAGGAACGGGAAAGGAGACUGGCUACAGUGGAUUUGGCCGUGUCUCGGUCCCCCUAGCCCCACCGAAAAAUGCAUCAAGUUUGUCGUCAUCUAAUGUUGCCAGCGCUUCGCCAGCCCCCUCCACCUCUUCAUCUAGCCGGCUGGUAGCUACCUUUAUGGGUCUUGGAAUACAAUCUGCAUCUGCCGGGUCCUCCACAGCAUGGUCUGAAAUAAAAAAUAAAAUGCGGGAAGAUACUCAAGCAGCAACGAAUGUCUCAACUCCAAGUAACCGAGAUAUUGUCAGAGUGGUGGAUAGUCCAAGAUCAAACAGGAAUUAUGGAGAUCUUUAUUUAUCUCUGCUCAGUUCCCUAGGAUGUGUAGCUACUGGACUUCAACAGCAAUUAGCUGCACAUCUGCAAACUUUGUUGGAAACAAAAGGAAACAGCGAUCCCUUGGUGCUUUGGCUUUGGGGAAAGUCUCCUGAUUCAAAGAUGGAGGGUUCAAAUUCUCCAAAUGCAGGGACAUCUGCAAACAAACCAGCUAGUACUAGCGUUUGGAGGCAGCAAUCGCCAGUUUAUCCAGAAAUUCAGCUGGGUGGAGACGAUGAAUCUAGUAAGGAACUCUGGUCGCUUUUGGUUAUGAAAGAAAGUAUACGAUCCACCCUGGCAAUGGAGGGUGUGAUUGCACCUAGACCUAUCAUACCAAGUGCUAAUGUAGGUGGCUGGCGAGAAGCAAGGAAGAGGUCCACUCUUUCGGUUACUGGAGUGGAUAAGCAAACUUCAACAGACUCUUCUACCAAGAACAGUAGGAUUACGGAUAAGGCUCUCACUAUCGGAGGCACUCGAGAUCGCGAAGGAUCGGAGGGGUGUUAUGCACCAGAAUUUCAGAAGCCGGAAGUUAUGUUUUCUUUGAGUGGCGAGCUUAUUGAGGCAUUUUGUAUAAAUUCUUGUAAUCCGAAUCAAGUUGUUCUCGCCACCAAUCGCAAGCAGGGACUGAUGUAUCUAGAUUUGCACACACGUGGACCAUUCACCGAGACCUCCGAACCCGUGUUGGAGGAAUGUCUCUCGUCUCCACCGAGGAGAAGUAGCUGGGCAGGAGCGGUGGCAACUCCUGGGUCUAAUUUGAGAAGUCAGAGAAGUUCAACUGUAAGUUUAGGUGGUCCCGCAGCAGGUGGACCUGUGAAGUCAGGAAAGGAAACUCUCAGAGUUGGGGGUGCUGCAUUUGGGAUGCCUGGUUACGGAGGCAUGGGUGCUUGGGGUGGUUGGGAGGACUGGGAAGAUGUUGAUAGUUUCGUGGACCCAAUUGCCACUGUUGAUAAUGUGAGAACUAAGGCAUUAGCAGCUCAUCCAUCCCAACCUAUUUUCUUAGUUGGGUCGAACAACACACAUGUCUACCUUUGGGAGUAUGGAAGACCAAGUGCAACAGCAACUUAUGGUGUGCUACCAGCAGGCAACAUGCCUCCACCGUACGUCAUUCCUUCUGUUCAAACAGUUCGAUUUGACUCAGGUGGACACCGCUUCGUGACAGCUGCUAUGGAUGGUACUGUGUCCACCUGGCAGCUUGAAGUUGGAGGACGCAGCAAUGUUCGCCCCACAGAAUCUUGUCUCUUCUUCGGCGCCCAUGCCUCGGAUGCCACCUUUAUUGUGGGCAGCAACUCGCUUGUAGCUGCCACAGGAAUGACCAACACUGGGAACAAUUUAAUAGCAUGGGAAACCCUAGCACCUCCCAGUUCAAAUCGUCAAUCUAUUUCGUGUCAUGAAGGAGGUGCCCGCUGUAUUGCUUCCUUGGAUGUUGGGAUUGGAGGGAGUUCAAAUUCACCUUGGAUCGUAAGUGGAGGAAAGGGAGGCGAUAUUACUGUUCACGAUUUUCGGUACAUCCUGUCAAAGAAAGGCAGACGACCUCAGUCGCCUCUAUCAUCAAGUUCCAAGAACAGUGUAGAUGAGUCUGGGAGAAACGGGAUGUUGUGGCAUGUAUCUAAGGCACAUUCAGGAAGCGUCACAAGAGCAACAUCAGUCCCAGGAACACCAUACUUUUUUACCGGAAGCAAGGAUGGAGACAUAAAGCUCUGGGAUGUGAGCACAAGGUCAAUGGUGGGUCACUGGCAAAGAGUUCAUGAGCGUCACACAUUUCUUCAAGUUAAUUCAAGGAGCUUGGGUUCUAUAAUUCAGCAAGCUGCGGUUACUGAUGUGCAACCAACCGUGGACGGAUUCUUAAGCUGUGGCGGUGACGGCACUGUCAAAUUGUUCAAACACCAAUACUAGGAGGUACUACUUUGAUGGAACGUGCUAUCUUAACUUAGGCACCUCACUCUUUCAGGCUGUGAGAAUUAUGCAUUCAAUUAUCAUUUUUUGUAGGCCGAUCCUAUUAUGACUUGACAGAGGCAGUGACUCAUUAGUUCAGGGCUAUUGCAGGUCCGUUGUACCAUUUUGUUAGGUUUGUUAGAGUUGCCACUGGACACAGUUGCAUUCUUGGUAGCUCAAGGUUUAGAUGAGAUUACGGAGAACUAGGAAAUUCUUAUGUCAGUAGCUGACAACAUGUGAAAUAAUCAUGAGUUCGUGUUUAUCAUGUUUCCAUUAGGCGGUUUCCAUUGAUGAAUCACAACAAUCCACGCCAUUUUAUUCUAUCCUUGGAGUGGUGAUGUUGAUAAUAUGUAUCCAAGCGUUGAGUGAUUUCAAACGCAGCAUUUACUAAAUUCAUUUGAGCUCCAGAUGUGGGAACCUCCUCAAACGAA